AUGACCAACAGCUCCACCUGCAUCGAAACAGACCUCAAGUCCUACUAUGCCAUUACCUACACUCUGAUCCUGAUCCCUGGACUCAUAGGAAAUACCUUAGCUCUGUGGGUCUUCUACGGGUACAUGAAAGAGACUAAGAGGGCGGUGAUAUUUAUGAUCAAUUUAGCCAUCGCCGACUUAUGGCAGGUGCUGUCCUUGCCCCUGAGGAUCUUCUACUACUUGACAGGGACGUGGGAGUUUGGGAGGGGUCUCUGCAUGCUUUGCUUCUACCUGAAGUACGUCAACAUGUACGCCAGCAUCUACUUCUUGGUCUGCAUCAGCGUCCGGCGGUACCUGUUCCUCAUGCACCCCUUCAAGUUCAGCGACUGCAAACGCGUCUGCGACGUCUACGUCAGCAUCGUGGGGUGGGUGGUGGUCUGCCUGGGCUGCCUGCCUUUCCCCCUCCUCAGGCUCCAGAAGGGUGCCAACAACACCUGCUUCGUGGACCUCCCGGUGAAGGAGGUGGAGCUGCCCAUCUCCAUCGCCAUGGUGACGAUGGGUGAGCUGGCGGGGUUCGUCACGCCCCUCCUCAUCAUCCUCUACUGCUCCUGGAAGACCAUCUUGUCCCUCAAAGAAAACAAUUCCGCUUCCCACGACCUGGGGGAGAAAAAAAAGGCUUUAAAGAUGAUCCUCACCUGCGCUCUGGUGUUCCUGAUUUGCUUUGCACCUUAUCACAUCAGCUUCCCGCUGGAUUUCUUUGUCAAAACCAAGAAGAUUGGGAACGGGUGUGUCCAGAAGGUGAUCUCGGUGUUCCACGCCGUGGCCUUGUGCCUUGCCAGCCUCAACUCCUGUGUGGACCCAGUCAUCUACUACUUCACCACGGAUGAGUUCAGGAGACGCCUUUCCAGGCAGGACUUGCAGGACAGCAUUCAGCUCCACAGCCUCAGCUCCAUGAGGAAGCACUCCAGGGACGUGCUCAGGGAGGACAUCACGGACUACUAG